AUGAAAUGUUACUUUUAUUUUACAAAUUGGAUAAGUCUAUUACAUUCAUAUAAUAAUUAUAAAAAAAAAAUUUUUAAUUGCUCGAUUAAUAUUUUCUAAAAAGCGUCUUAACUCAAAAUGAUAAAAUAUGAUCUUUUAGAGUGUCUUCGCUAUAAAUAUCUAUUUGAGUAAUUUUUAGCAAAAUAAAUAUCUUUCUUUGAAAGUAAAAUUAUAAAUUUGAUGAAUUCUUUUUGUGUCGAGUGUAACAACAAAUCACAUUAUUAAUUAAAUUAGAAUUUACAUAUAAUUUUUGAAAAUGAGAAAAAAUAAUCAUUUAUUUAUAUUGAUUAUAAAUUUUUAUUAUUAUAAUAAAAUUGCUUAAUAAUUUAUAAAAUUUUUGUCUGGUGA